AUGGCUCAACCGACCAGCAACGUCAAAGAGCAGCUGGCUCAGCUCGAGGCGGCUCGCAAACUUGUGCUAGGCGAUGUUGCCCUCUACCCGCAAGUCGUGCAGGGCAUCCUGCCCAUUAUCGGUGUGAAUGCCCGUCUAGAACUGCGACGGUGGGGAGCCGAGUUUCUGGCAGAGACCUUUGCAAGCCCCGCGCUGGCCGCGGCCCAGAAGGAACAGCUGGCAGGGACAGCGCUGCCGACACUGCAAGAGCUUCUGGAACACCCUGGGGAGGAUACAGAAGUCAUCAAGAGCGUGGUGCAGACUGCUGCAAGUCUCUACCCCCAUGUUUUCAGGCAGAUCAUCCAUCAUCCAGACGAUAAGUCCUUAUGGGAGCAGAUGACCACCAUCAAGAACAAUAUCUUGCAGAGGUGGGAUACCGCACCGCACCCGGUCAAGAUCUGCUGCAUCAAGUUCGUUCAGAAGGUCGUCCACGUUCAAACGCCCGGAACAAUAGCGGAUCCUAGACGCCCGGAGCAAAACGAAACCUCUCUGUCCCUCGUCCCCAGAAACCAUGCUGUCCUUGCGAUCCCACAUUUGGAAGCAGAAGCGUCCGGUCUGCUCGAUCGGCUCUUGACUGUCCUUCAGGAUAACUCGGAUGACGCGAUUCUAGUGAACGCGACGCUCAACUGUCUUGCGGUCCUGAUUCGAACGCGACAGUCCAUCGCUAACAAGAUCAUCGAUACGAUUCUCAACUUCAAUCCCCUGAAGCAGGCAAACUCCCACAUGACCCCGACCCUUCGCGUGAGCGUUAAAUCGAUGGAGCGCACAACUCGGGCGGUGCUGGUCAAUGCCUUGAAGAGAAAUCCGAGCCAUCCCCUUGCCGGGAAAAUGCAGCAGUACAUUGACCGUCUGGCGCAAUCGCGGUUGGACAUCCUCGACGAUUCGUCUCGGAAGCGCGGGUUGCCUGCGGAGCCGACGGAUGGGCUGGACAAUGCGAAGCGUGCGAGACUUGAUGUCGAAACUCCUCCUAUUAAAAUCCCUCCUCUGCCCCCUGGUCCAACAAGCUACGCUCAGCUUUUCACCCUUACGGAGGAUGUUGGCCUCUCUACGUUCGAUGUCAAGCAACUGCCGGCCGAUCUCGUCGUCAAAAUCACGGUCCCUGUUCUUCAACGCAUUGAUCAAAAUGUCUUGAACCAAGCUAUUGAUGCUAUUCGCGAUCGCUAUCAACAACUCAGCGCACGGCAAGCUACGCAGGCGCAGGCGCCGUCGGCAGAAGAGGAAGAGGAUGAAUAUGAGCCUGAAUAUGAGCCGAUGGAUGUCCCGGACAAUAUCUCUGCACAGGCCGAAACGGUUUCCGCUGAAGCGGCCGACCUGCAGCCGGACCUGGUGUCGCUAGGGCCGUUUGUGCUGCCGCAGCCGCCUCCACUGUCGGAAGAUGAGGCUGCAGAUCUUGGUCGCAGCACGGUAGAGAGAGUCUUCGGAAUGGUCACUUCCAUGCCGCCCAAACCCACAAAAGGGGUGAAUCAACAGCGACUUGGCUUUGCACGACUGGCUGGCAGCACGUUUGACAGAGAUGCGUGGGUGACUCUGCUUACUAGGCUCGCCACGAGAGCAUCUGCUGGCUUGGAAGCAGAUGAUGGACACAACAAGACCGAGAACGGACUGUCCAGACGCAGACCCGCCAUUUCGGAUACAAUUCGGGAAAUGCUGUAUCGUUACAUCAUGGACGACUUCAGGUCAAGGAUGAACAUUGGCAUCGCGUGGCUGAACGAGGAGUGGUACAACGACCGGAUACAACUGAAAUUUGCGGCCUCACAGCGCAAAGGAGACGAAGAGGUGUCGGUACCGUUGCACUAUGAUCACUGGGUGUUACGGUUGCUCGAUGGCAUCUUACCGUAUCUUGACGCGCGGGACAAGGUCCUCAUCCGGUUUUUGAGCGAGAUCCCGGAGAUGACGAUCCCGAUUGUUGGGCGAGUGAAGACCUUGGCGCGGGAUCCGGAGCGCGUGAACCUGUGUGUGCAGGCUCUACUGUAUCUUGUUAUGUUCAGACCGCCGGCGAGGGACAUGUGCUUGGAUGCGCUGGAAGACAUAUACCACACCCACGAGGAAGCACGCCCCGCGGCGGGCAAGGUCCUUGCCAAAUGGCGGCCGCAGGUCGUUGAGCAGCAGUCGGCCCAUACCAGCACCGGCGCCAGCACCGGCACGAAUGGCGUCAAGGACACCAACACGUCCGAGAAUGCCGCCGAAUCACGAUCUCAAACCGAGACUCCUGCUGUCCAGGUCGAGCCUGCCGCAGCGGCCUACUUGAGACGCAAGAAUCAGGGCCGUAUUUCUGCUGGAUGGCCAAUAGCAGCUGCCAAUUCGGUCAGACUUGGGGCUAGGGAUGGCAGUCCGCAUAAUAGCCCAUGA